CACUUAUUAAUCCCCCACCGGGGAUACGGGAAUGUCUGUUGUAUCAUUCAAAUAACUGAUUGAAACGAUGUGUGAUGAUGUUGCUCCAUAAAUGUAGCUAGAAAAUAUUUUGGUUAUAUUUUUUUUCAAACUUAUUGCAGAUGCCGUUACUAAGAUCAACACAAAUGACAGACUACCGGAUGGCUGAUAAAUUACAUUUCCAACACUCAAAUUGUAGGUCGAUUAAACGGAAAGUGGAUAGUGAUCCAGGAAUGAGUUUACUACAAGCACCUUCGAAACGUAUUUCUUCAUCGUGCUCUGAUCUAUCCAAAUUCAACAAAAUCAAACACCAGCCACUUAAUCAACCGGAAGAUAUUCAUCCGCAUCGACGCUUAAAUUUCUUCUCCAGAUAUCAGUCAGGAGGAAUGGGCACUACGCGCGUUCGCGUCAAACCUACACGUACUUUGACCUUUCCUAAUUCUGAUACCAACACCAGUGACACCGCAAAAGUCAUACCAACAAUACAAAUUUACCAUUUGAAAUGUUAUCAAGAACAACAUAUAUCUCAGAUUCUGGAUUUUCUCUUCGUCGGUGACAUAAAAUCAGCAUACAACGAAUCAUUGCUGUGUCGCCAUCGGAUCACUUCCUUAAUUGACAUGAGUAACUCUAUGACUGAUGUCACAAAACCAAUGAAUCCGUGCGUCUGUAAAUCAGGUACUCCUCACACAUUCGUUCGACUGCGACUCCGUGUCACUGAAAAAAUUCUCGAAAAAGAGUAUCCAUUGUACUUCUCAGAGAUUAAUACAUUUAUAGAGAAAGCCCGACAAGCGAACUUGAAAGUGUUGGUGCAUAGUUUACACGGACAAUCAAGAUCGCCAACUGGCGUCAUUCAGUAUCUAAUGCAAUACCAACGUAUGUCCAUGGCAAGUGCCUACGAUGUGGUGAAAAAGGCGUACCCUAAGACAAAACUCACUCCUGUACUCUACAAGAUACUUCAAAACAUUGAAAGGCAUAUUGUAACGUCAGAUAAACACAAUUUUAGAUACUUGGGUACAGAAUCAUCUAUGACGCAAGUGUGGACAUAAAAAAACAAAACAAAAGCCGGGCACUUACUGCUUCCGACGGUAUUCUCGGCCGAUGCGAUUCUAUGAGGAAAUCAACGCGUGGACGCGCGCACAACGGAUCGCUUUUUAGUGACGGUUCGUUCAGACACACCGGCCCACGACUGUACAACCCAGUGAGUGCGGCUUAAAAAAAACAACUGCCACCUAAAACAUUUAAAAAACAAAAAAAAAAUCAAAUAAUUAAAAUUUGCAAAACUCAUUUAA